UUUUUUUUUUCCUGCAGCAACUGGGCUGCGGGGCUGCUGGGUCCGCACGCUUAAGCCGCACGCUUAAGCGACCCCCCAAGUUCGUGGAUGUGGAGUCGUUUCGUUCUUCUGGGCUGUAAAGUAGUUGAAAUCCUUGCUCCCCGCAACAGAGUAGGGCUUGCGAGCUUUUGUCGGAAUUUCAGAACCAUGAAGAUAGAGUCUUCCGAAUUUCAGUCCCUUUUCACACCAGGACUGAAGGGCAUAGCAGAAAUGUUUGAGAAAGAAAAUUAUGAACUAAGAAUAGCAGGAGGUGCUGUAAGGGAUUUACUCAGUGGAAUAAAACCACAAGAUGUCGAUUUUGCCACUACUGCAACUCCUAGUCAGAUGAAAGAAAUGUUCCAGGCCAUGGGUGUCCGUAUGAUCAACAACCGAGGAGAAAAACAUGGAACUAUCACUGCUCGGCUCCAUGAGGAGAACUUUGAAAUUACCACACUGAGAAUUGAUUUGCAUACUGAUGGGAGACAUGCAGAAGUAGAAUUCACAACUGACUGGGAAAAAGAUGCAGCAAGAAGAGAUCUCACCAUUAAUUCUAUGUUCCUAGGUUUGGAUGGCACUCUUUAUGAUUACUUCAAUGGUUACAAUGACUUAAAGAACAAGAAUAUCAGAUUCGUAGGAGAAGCCAACCAGAGAAUUAAAGAAGAUUUUUUACGCAUUCUACGCUACUUCCGAUUUUACGGGAGGAUAGCUGAAAAGCCUGAUGACCAUGAUGCCCAAACUUUGGAAGCCAUUAAAGAAAACGCCAAAGGUUUGGCUGGAAUAUCUGGCGAAAGGAUUUGGACUGAAUUGAAAAAAAUUAUUGUUGGAAAAUAUGUAAAUCAACUCAUUCAUCUGAUGUAUGAACUUACAGUAACUGAUUAUAUAGGAUUACCUGUUAAUGGGAACUUACAGGAAUUUGACACAGUCUGUAAAAAUGUUCAGAAUCUCUUACCAAAACCAAUGACCAUUCUAACGUCAUUGUUAAAGGUUCCAUGUGAUCUUUCAAAACUGGAUUUAAGACUGAAACUAUCAAAAGAUGAAAAAAACCUUGGGCUAUUUCUGUUGAAGCACAGGAGAGACUUGACCAAAGCUUCCGAUACUUCAAUGCCUCUUAAACCAUACCAGGAUUUUGUUUUAGAUGCAAGGGAGGCUUCUGUAACAUCCAGAAUCCAUGAACUUCUGAAGUACCAAGGAGAAGAACAACUUCUGAAAGAAAUGCAAGAGUGGUCUAUGCCUUUUUUUCCUGUAACUGGUCAUGACUUAAGACAAAUGGGAAUCUCAUCAGGCAAAGACAUUGGGCCCCUCCUGCAACAAUUACGAGAACAGUGGAAAAAAAGUGAUUAUCAAAUGAAUAAAGAAGAGCUAUUAAGCUACGUAAAGAAGGCAUGAAAGCAAAUGGUGUGGUGAUGAAACUGAACAAUUUUGUAUGAAGUUCCACAUAUUUCAUUGGGUACAUUUUCAUUUCUGAAUGUUAAGAUUAUUUGUAUUUCAGUUCUAAAACAUAAACAGGGUUGUUUUUGGUGUCCAUCUGGUAAUACAUGAAUAACUUUCAUAUGUUUUUACUCAACUAUUAAAUAACCUCAAAUUGUA